UGACCAUUUUAAAGUAGCCAACUGGGUGGGGAUUUCUAUGGGUUGGGAGCAAAUAGCCAAUAAAGAAGAAAAUUAACUACUUUAAAAUUGAGAUAGCCCAUGUUGUCACAUAUGCUAAACUGGCAGUGAUACAAAGAUGAGUGCUCUAUCUAUCUCUAUGGUGGAAAGUCGACGCCAAACAAGGAAAUGUGACCACGUAUUCUUUGUUGUGACGAUUUUGAGAAUUCGUAACAUUAGCGAAAUGGCAGAGUUACGGUUGGAUUUAGACAGUAAUUUACAGUAUGGCCCUUUUGGCAGCGAUUUAGCGGAUAUUUGCAUUGACCAGGAUGGUGAAUGGGACAUCAACUUGUUGGAAGAACUUGAGAACCUAAGUGAUGCAGAGGAACUCCUUCAAGAAUUCGAGUUCACACCGCGUGAUGAAACAGCACUGAAAGAGGUGAAUGACAUUAAUCUGUUACAAUGGAGAUCCUUCACCAGUGGAGAUACUGAUGCUUGCUGCACAGGUGUUGGAGUUCCUGGGUCCUCCCUAUCACCUGGAUCAGCACUCAGUGAUACCUCCUCACUGUCACCGCUGUCUCUGAAACAGGAGGAUGCCGUGUCUGUGCAGCCUUUGCCGACAAUGCUCACUCCUGGAAAGAAAAUGCACAAGUGGGUCAGCCAAUCUCCCAGAGCCAAGCCUACCAAGCGACCUGCCCACCCACCCCAGAGGGUGUCAAUCCAGCCCAAACCGCCCCCCUCUGUCCCUCUAACACAGCCUGUGGCCCCUUUUCUCAAAACCAGGACCAUUGUCAUCCAGCCCGUUAGCCUACAGACUGUGGUCUCAGUGGUCAAGGCACCACCGCCUGUGACCGUCCAUGCUACUGCCCCCUCUACUGCAGUUCACACAAUGCAUCUCAAGCCGAAACAGGUGAUUGGACCCCAGAUCACUUCCCCAACCCCUGCCUUCCUCGCUGUCACCAACCAGGUGGUCACCAUGCCAACUGUCCCCAAUGUUACCAUGGGGACCACUGCCCUCACUGGCCAUGCCCAUCCCAUGACGGUGACCUAUCACAGCACAGCAGUGAACACUGAGGCGUGUGUGGUGCGGCGGCAGCAGAGGAUGGUGAAGAACCGUGACUCGGCCACGCUGUCCAGGCUGAGGAGGAAAGAGGCCCAGCAGGCUCUGGAGGCCCGUCUCAGGGGGGCACUGUGUGAGAACCAGAGGCUGCUCCGGGAGAACGGAUCCCUUAGGACCCAGCUGGACGGACUUCUCACGGAGAACACUGUUCUGAAGGUGACGGCUCCAAAGAGACGGGCUGUGUGCCUUAUGGUCGUCCUGGUCUUCUUCGUGCUCAACACGGGUCCCAUAAGUGUGUGGGAGUCAGAGACCAGCAACUCCAGCCUGUCCACUGGGAAGCCACAAAGCAGCCGACAUCUGCUCAGCUUCUCCCCCGACCAACAACAAAGGCGAGGGGAGGAGACACCAGACCCCCAGUCCCCACUGGAGCCCCUGGAUGCCCAGUACCCACAAUCCCACCAAUCCCAGGACAGGUGGGAGGAUUAUACCCCAGAGGAGAUGGCUCUAGCUGUGGUCAAGAAGGAGUCUCUCCUGUUUGGGUCACCCUCCUCGCCCCCCUGCCAACCCCACUCUCCUGUCUCCAGGUCCAAGUCUCUCCGUCUGACUCAGAACUUGCGAGGCUGGGUUCAUCGACACGAAGAGGAGAGAAGCAAGUCCACACGCUCUACCACUGAUCAGUCCAGACAUACAACAACAGAUCAGCACACAACCAAAACUGUCCUGAAGUCACCUGAGGAAAAACCCCAGACGAACCAGUCCAGUAACUCGGUUGUAACAGUCCGCUACUCUGAGCCAGGGAGUGAGGUUCAGGUGUACUACUCACGCCAUCAAAGCUACAGGGACUUCUUUGAUGAGUUAAAUCGACGAGGCGACACUUUCUACGUGGUGUCCUUUCGCAGGGAUCACCUUCUGCUCCCUGCAACCAACCACAGCAAGGGGAGCAGGCCAAAGAUGUCCUUGGUGUUACCAGCUAUUAAUGUGAAUGACUCUGUCAUCAAGGACGACACCUUUGAGGUGAUGAUGCAGAUUGACUGUGAGGUCAUGGACACCAAGAUCCUCCACAUCAAAACCUCCAGCAUCCCAGAGAUCCUACGCGCCAACACCACUGACUUCCAAUCCACCCAUGCCAACGGAAAGACAUCAGCAUCGGUUGGUGUUCUAUCAGACUCUGCCUGAAAUUGGCCUUACCUAAAAGGCCUGCCAAUCUAAAAACCUAUCAUUUUACCAACCUUUUGGUGUAUUUAAUAAACUGUGACAAAAAA